AUGGUGCGCCCUGCGGUCCCCGCAGGUGGCAAGCACAGUGAGCGACAUCCAGCCCUCGCUGCCCCACUGCGACAUGCUGAGCGCAGCCCAGGAGGCGCUCUGCCACCCAGACAUCUCCUUCAGCAGCCAGCAGCCGAGCGUGCCACUGCUCAUCGUGGACAAGGGCCCCGUGGAGCUACCAGAGGAGUUCGUGGUCCAGGUGCCCAAGGAGCCCAGAGUGCAGCCCAAGCUUUCAGCCGUGCCCCAAUUCCGAUGGCUGUGGUCCGCAGAGAGCUCUCCUGUGAGAGCUACCCCAUUGAGCUCCGCUGUCCAGGAACAGAUGUCAUCAUGAUAGAAAGUGCCAACUAUGGGAGGACUGAUGACAAAAUUUGUGACUCUGACCCUGCUCAGAUGGAGAAUAUACGAUGCUAUCUGCCAGAUGCCUAUAAGAUUAUGUCCCAAAGGUGCAAUAACAGAACACAGUGCGCAGUGGUGGCAGGUCCUGAUGUUUUUCCAGACCCGUGUCCAGGAACCUAUAAAUACCUUGAAGUGCAGUAUGAAUGUGUCCCUUACAAAGUGGAACAAAAAGUUUUUCUUUGCCCUGGACUACUAAAAGGAGUAUACCAGAGUGAACAUUUGUUUGAAUCUGACCACCAGUCUGGGGCAUGGUGCAAAGACCCUCUGCAGGCUUCUGACAAGAUUUAUUAUAUGCCCUGGACUCCCUACAGAACUGAUACCCUGACUGAGUACUCAUCCAAGGAUGACUUCAUUGCUGGAAGGCCAACUACAACCUACAAGCUCCCUCACAGGGUGGAUGGCACAGGAUUUGUAGUGUAUGAUGGAGCUUUGUUUUUCAACAAAGAACGCACCAGGAACAUAGUAAAGUUUGAUUUGCGGACUAGGAUAAAGAGUGGAGAGGCUAUCAUAGCAAAUGCCAAUUACCAUGAUACCUCUCCUUACCGAUGGGGAGGCAAAUCUGACAUAGACCUGGCAGUGGAUGAAAAUGGGCUCUGGGUGAUCUAUGCAACAGAACAAAACAAUGGUAAAAUUGUCAUUAGUCAAUUGAACCCUUAUACUCUACGGAUUGAAGGGACAUGGGAUACUGCAUAUGAUAAAAGAUCAGCUUCCAACGCAUUUAUGAUUUGCGGGAUUCUGUAUGUGGUCAAAUCUGUAUAUGAGGAUGAUGACAAUGAGGCCACAGGGAAUAAGAUUGACUACAUUUAUAACACUGACCAAAGUAAGGAUAGUUUGGUGGAUGUACCAUUUCCCAAUUCAUACCAGUACAUAGCGGCUGUGGAUUACAAUCCCAGGGACAACCUUCUUUAUGUUUGGAACAACUAUCACGUCGUGAAAUACUCUUUGGAUUUUGGACCUCUGGAUAGUCGAUCAGGGCAGGCACAUCAUGGGCAGGUGUCAUACAUCUCUCCUCCAAUUCACCUGGACUCUGAGCUAGAAAGACCCCCUGUGAGAGAAAUCUCUACCACAGGACCUCUUGGUAUGGGAAGUACCACCACCAGUACCACCCUGCGGACCACAACUUGGAGCCCAGGCAGGAGUACUACCCCAUCAGUGUCAGGAAGAAGAAACCGGAGUACCAGCACCCCAUCUCCAGCUGUGGAGGUGCUUGACGACAUUACCACACACCUGCCAUCAGCAGCGUCCCAAAUCCCAGCCCUGGAAGAGAGCUGUGAAGCUGUGGAAGCCCGAGAAAUCAUGUGGUUUAAGACCCGUCAAGGACAGAUGGCAAAGCAGCCGUGCCCUGCAGGAACUAUAGGAGUGUCAACAUAUCUAUGCCUGGCUCCUGAUGGAAUCUGGGAUCCCCAAGGACCAGAUCUUAGCAACUGUUCUUCUCCUUGGGUCAACCAAAUAACACAAAAGUUGAAAUCUGGAGAGACAGCUGCCAACAUAGCUAGAGAGCUGGCUGAACAAACAAGAAAUCAUUUGAAUGCUGGAGACAUCACCUACUCAGUCCGUGCCAUGGACCAGCUGGUAGGGCUCCUAGAUGUACAACUCCGGAACUUGACCCCAGGUGGAAAAGAUAGUGCUGCACGGAGUUUGAACAAGCUUCAGAAAAGAGAGCGCUCUUGCAGAGCCUAUGUCCAGGCAAUGGUCGAGACAGUUAACAACCUCCUCCAGCCACAAGCCUCAAAUGCAUGGAGAGACCUGACUACAAGUGAUCAACUACGUGCAGCGACCAUGUUGCUUGACACUGUGGAGGAAAGCGCUUUUGUGCUGGCUGAUAACCUUUUGAAGACUGACAUUGUCAGGGAGAACACAGACAAUAUUCAAUUGGAAGUUGCAAGGCUGAGCACAGAAGGAAACUUAGAAGACCUAAAAUUUCCAGAAAACAUGGGUCAUGGAAGCACUAUCCAGCUUUCCGCAAAUACUCUAAAACAAAAUGGUCGAAACGGAGAAAUUAGAGUGGCCUUUGUCCUGUAUAACAACUUGGGUCCUUAUUUGUCCACGGAGAAUGCCAGCAUGAAGUUGGGAACAGAGGCUAUGUCCACCAAUCAUUCUGUUAUUGUCAAUUCCCCUGUUAUUACAGCAGCAAUAAACAAAGAGUUCAGCAAUAAAGUUUAUUUAGCUGAUCCUGUGGUGUUCACUGUUAAACAUAUUAAGCAGUCCGAGGAGAAUUUCAACCCUAACUGUUCAUUUUGGAGCUAUUCCAAGCGCACAAUGACAGGUUACUGGUCAACACAAGGCUGUCGGCUCCUAACAACAAAUAAGACACAUACUACAUGCUCUUGUAACCACUUAACCAAUUUUGCAGUACUGAUGGCACAUGUGGAAGUUAAGCACAGUGAUGCGGUCCAUGACCUUCUUCUGGAUGUGAUCACGUGGGUUGGAAUUUUGCUGUCCCUUGUUUGUCUCCUGAUUUGCAUCUUCACAUUUUGCUUUUUCCGUGGGCUCCAGAGUGACCGUAACACCAUCCACAAGAACCUCUGCAUCAGCCUUUUUGUAGCUGAACUGCUCUUCCUGAUUGGGAUCAACCGAACGGACCAACCAAUUGCCUGUGCAGUUUUUGCUGCCCUACUACAUUUCUUCUUCUUGGCGGCCUUCACCUGGAUGUUCCUGGAGGGAGUGCAACUCUAUAUCAUGCUGGUGGAGGUUUUUGAGAGUGAGCAUUCACGGAGGAAAUACUUUUACCUGGUUGGCUAUGGGAUGCCUGCGCUCAUAGUGGCUGUGUCCGCGGCGGUAGACUACAGGAGUUAUGGAACAGAUAAAGUAUGUUGGCUCCGACUUGACACCUACUUCAUUUGGAGCUUUAUAGGACCAGCGACCUUGAUAAUUAUGCUUAAUGUAAUCUUCCUUGGGAUUGCUUUAUAUAAAAUGUUUCAUCAUACUGCCAUUCUGAAACCUGAAUCAGGCUGCCUUGAUAAUAUCAACUAUGAGGAUAACAGACCCUUCAUCAAGUCAUGGGUUAUAGGUGCAAUAGCUCUUCUCUGCCUGUUAGGAUUGACCUGGGCCUUUGGACUCAUGUAUAUUAAUGAAAGCACAGUCAUCAUGGCGUAUCUCUUCACCAUUUUCAAUUCUCUACAGGGAAUGUUUAUAUUCAUUUUCCAUUGUGUCCUACAAAAGAAGGUACGAAAAGAGUAUGGGAAAUGCCUGCGGACGCAUUGUUGUAGUGGCAAAAGUACAGAGAGUUCCAUUGGCUCAGGGAAAACAUCUGGUUCUCGAACUCCUGGACGCUACUCCACGGGCUCACAGAGCCGAAUUCGUAGAAUGUGGAAUGACACGGUCCGAAAGCAGUCGGAGUCUUCCUUCAUUACUGGAGACAUAAACAGUUCAGCGUCACUCAACAGAGGGUCCUAUCUUCCCUGCAUUCAGGCGUGUGUAUCAUAUUUAGAGGGGCUUCUGAACAAUGCCAGGGAUACAAGUGUCAUGGAUACUCUACCACUGAAUGGUAACCAUGGCAAUAGUUACAGCAUUGCCAGUGGCGAAUACCUGAGCAACUGUGUGCAAAUCAUAGACCGUGGCUAUAACCACAAUGAGACCGCCCUAGAGAAAAAGAUUCUGAAGGAACUCACUUCCAACUAUAUCCCGUCUUACCUGAACAACCACGAGCGCUCCAGUGAACAGAACAGGAAUCUGAUGAACAAGCUGGUGAAUAACCUUGGCAGUGGGAGUGAAGAUGAUGCCAUUGUCCUGGAUGACGCCACCUCCUUCAACCACGAGGAGAGUUUGGGCCUGGAACUCAUUCAUGAGGAAUCUGAUGCUCCUUUGCUUCCCCCAAGAGUCUACUCCACAGAGAACCACCAGCCACACCAUUACACCAGAAGGCGGCUCCCCCAAGACCACAGUGAGAGUUUUUUCCCUUUGCUAACCAACGAGCACACAGAAGAUCUCCAGUCACCCCAUAGGGACUCUCUGUACACCAGCAUGCCAGCACUGGCUGGUGUGCCUGCCACAGAGAGCGUUACCACCAGCACCCAGACCGAACCCCCACCGGCCAAAUGUGGUGAUGCCGAAGAUGUUUACUACAAAAGCAUGCCAAACCUAGGCUCCAGAAACCACGUCCAUCAGCUGCACACCUACUAUCAGCUAGGUCGCGGUAGCAGUGAUGGAUUUAUAGUUCCUCCAAACAAAGAUGGGACCCCUCCAGAGGGAAGUUCAAAAGGACCAGCUCAUUUGGUCACUAGUCUAUAG